GUUUGUCAACGCUACAGCGAUGCUGGCGAGCAGACAGUAAGAUGUUAUUUUUGGUUUUGGGUCUUAAUAGCUUUCAUAGUAAAUAGCAAAGAUAUGCACACUGACUGAACAUAAAUGGACUGAGAUAGCAGGCCAAAUACCAAGAAAUGCAACUAAAUUCCUUGAUCCUUGAUCGAGUUGCCCUAUGGGACAUCCUGAGAUUUCACGAGAUUCCCCAGUAGAAUCUGGAUGCCAUGGCCGUCCUGUACACUGGUACGCAGGCUUUACCAUUUUGGUUCUCUGUGUUACCUUCAUCACAUCAUUUAACUUCAUAUUCCAAAGCGAUGUGGAAACAGCAUAUGCGAACCUCCACAGAACUGUGAAGUGUGUCAGCACCUCAUGGAACAGCACGGGCUUCAAAACAGGCAGAAACACGCGUCUCUUCUUGAGGCUGAAUGACUUCAUCUGGAGGUACAUUCCUUCCAGUUUACCGCUGCCUUACGGCACGGAGCACAGUCAGGACACGCUGAAGAUGAUUUUGAGCGCCAUGUCGAGCUUUGACAUGCCUGAAAAUUCAAACAGACUGGACUGCAGAAGCUGCGUAGUUGUUGGGAAUGGGUAUGGAAUCAAGGGCACCUCCCUGGGGGACACCAUCAACCACUAUGAUGUGGUGAUCAGGAUCAACGAUGCUCCUGUGAGAGGCUUCGAGAAGGAUGUAGGCAACAAGACCACCAUGCGCUUCUUCUACCCCGAGUCGGCGUCCCAAAACCCCAGUGUUGACAACGAAGCAGACACCCUCAUGGUGGUCAUACCCUUCAAGCCAAUGGACCUGAUCUGGCUUAGGAACAUCCUGUUUGACGAGAAGAGGUCCAGGAAAGGCUUCUGGAAGUCUCCGCCUCUGAUGUGGCUGGCUAACAGAAGUAAUUUGCGUAUCCUGGACCCCUUCUUCAUGCGCAACACAGCCGCUCAGCUGCUCCGGGCCAGGUUCCGAUCGAAGACGAAGGAUUUCUCUCUCCGGCCAACCACAGGGAUUCUGGCGAUCUACGUGGCCUUGAAUUACUGCGACAUGGUUCACGUCGCAGGGUUCGGCUAUCCACCAAUACAAAACCUGACGGCCCCAACCCACUACUUUGGAAAAACUGUUAUGAAGUCUAUGAAGAAUUCUGGUCAUGACGUCUCCUACGAGGCAAAGGCUUUGAAGAGACUGGAAGACUCUGGUGCGAUCGUAUACCUUCAUCCUCACUGAUAGAUGUGUCCCAGACUCCCACCACGGACUAGGAGACGUAUAAUAUGAUGAUGCCUUUUAUUGAAUGUUUUUGAACAUGUUUCUUGAAUGAAUUUUUUUUUGCUCCUUGCACGGAUACGACGGCUGAUGUAUUGGGAUGUGUAUCCAAUCAUGCUCUGCUUUGAGACACACAAAGCGGGGG